AUGUCUUCGAACCCAGCGAAGUAUGCUCAGCUCCGUCGCGACGCUGAGAUUGGGGCACGCCAGGAAUUGCAACAGCUCAUCCCCCAGCGAUACAUCGACGAUGUGCCCGAGUGCGAGCCCAGAGACAACCCGAUGACCAAGGUUGUGAAGGCGAGCGUUGCAUAUAUCAAAGACAUCGUAGGCGGUAGUAGUGCUAGUACGAACUCCAACAACCAGCCGUCUAGUGUCUUCACUCCAAGCAGGACUGAGGUACAUGAAUCCCUCCUUGACAGAAUCGAGAUUUUUCAGACUGACUCUCAACUCGAGACGUAUACGCAGGCAUCCCGGUUCUCGCCUAUCGUGCCCACCACACCGUCAAGGCUCAAGAACAACGAGGAGUAUCAGCGUCUGAAGCAGGCGAUGGAGAGGGUCAAGCAACAUAUCCAGGGUCGAGGACAUGAUGGCGAAGAGCUGUCGGACGAAGUGAAGCGAAUGAUGGAUGAGGCGACCGAUACCCUAGUCGACAUCAUCGACAAUUGGGAAGGUAGGGGGCAACAGCCGCAGGGGUAG